UCCCUGAGGUUGUGAUCCUGCUCAGUGCGUGUCGGCUCUCCCAGCGGUCAGACAGCGGACUCCUCUGCUCCUGGACCCGCACUGAGACCUCACAGAGCCGGAACAUGCGCUGCGCUCUGCGUAAUUACGCUCAGUGAGGCCGGAUCACAGCUGGACACCUCUGUAUGUCCGGCACCCCGGGGUCGCGCUCUCUUUGCACUCAAGACCCACAUUUUGUCUCACCGACAAAAUCUCCAGAUAUUCUGAAAAUGGAUCCUUUGAGGAAUAACUGUGAGGAAGACUCUCCGUGUGCUGAGGAGGAGGAAGAAGUGGAUCCAAGAAUCCAGGGAGAGCUGGAGAAGUUAAACCAGUCCACAGAUGACAUUAACCGCUGGGAGAGUGAGCUGGAGGACUGCCGUCAGAGGUUUCGUGCCGUGCUGGUGGAGGCAACAGUGAAGCUGGACGAGCAGGUGAAGAGGAUCGGGCGAGCUGUGGACGACUCCAAACCGUAUUGGGAGGCCCGCAAGAUAGCAAGACAGGCCCAGAUUGAAGCCCAAAAGGCCACUCAGGAGUUCCAGCGGGCGGUGGAGAUCCUGCGGGCCGCCAAGGAGACCAUCGCCCUGGCUGAGGAGAGGCUGCUGGAGGAGGACAGCCGCCAGUUUGACUCCGCCUGGCAGGAAAUGCUCAACCAUGCCACACAGAGGGUGAUGGAGGCCGAGCAGGCGAGAACACGCAGUGAAGCUGAACACAGGAAAACAGCAGCCAAUUACAAUUCGUGUAUUGGCCACAUGAGGCAGUUAGAGAAGAAACUCAAACGCUCCAUCAACAAAUCCAGGCCGUACUUUGAACUGAAAGCAAAGUAUUAUCUGCAGCUGGAGCAACUCAAGCGUCAUGUGGACGAGCGUCAGGGCAAACUUGUGGUUGCUAAGGCCGACUACCGCACAGCGCUGCGCAACCUAGAGAGCAUCUCCGAGGAGAUCCAUGCCCAACGACGCUCCGUUGCUAUGGGAACCAGGGAGCAGGGUGUCGGUGCAGAGGGAGACGAGGGCAACGAAGACAUCGCCAACUUCAAGAUGGAGUCAGACGGUUUGUCAAUGGUGUCCGUAUGCAUUGACGAAGAGGGCAGUCACAGUAGCAGCAGCUCAGAGGAGGAGGCCGACUCUCACUCCACCUCCUCACCCCGAGCCAUGCUCUCCUCGCCCUCCUCUCUCCCCUCCACCUCUGCCUCCACCCCCCUGGACAUGCCCUCCUCCUCGCUCCACACCCCCUGCUCCUACCUCUCCUCCUCUCCCUCCUCCCCCGUCCUGUCUUCCUCCUGUCCCGCUGGCCUGGAGUUAGUCAGCCCCUGUGACUCUCAUGACCCGGACUCACCUCUCCUGGGCCCUCGCAGCCAGUGCAGUGGAGCUUCCUCUCCAGACUGCGACCAGGAGAGAGGUGACAGAGCAGAGGGAGCGGAGGCGACAGUAGAAGCCGGUUUGAACAAGCUAACCUUGACUGUAGCACAGAAACAAGACGGAGACUCUGAGGAUGAACAAGAUCCCCUUUACAUGACCCCAGACAUUUCCUCUCCCGGCCCAGCCACCACCAUUCUGUUAGUCAACAGCGUCUAAUGAGCAUCUUUUAAACUUCAAACACUCUCUGCGCCCGGCUUCAAGCCUCUGGACUCUGUGGCAGAGCAGGUGCAGCAGGGGAGGAUGCAAGCUGCACACUCCAACUAACCUGACGUUACGUCUCCGUGUCGUCUGAACAUCUGAUGGUGUCAUAUUAAAGGUGCUAUA